AUGCAGGAGCAUUGGUGGUCCUUAUAUAUACUCGCUAUUUUCAUGAUCGGACUUGAAUCUAAGCUCGUUGGUCAAGCAUUUCAACCGAAAUUUGCGGAACCAAUAACAAAUUUAACUGUACCAGUGGGAAGAGACGCAACUUUUAGAUGCCUUGUGCAUAAUCUUGGAGGAUACAGGGUCGGUUGGGUAAAAGCGGACACUAAAGCCAUCCAAGCAAUACACGACCAUGUGAUAACUAAUAAUCCUAGAGUGGGCGUGUCUCAUAAUGGGCAGACUGUUUGGAAUUUACACAUUAGGAACGUCCAAGAGUAUGAUCGGGGUCACUACAUGUGUCAAAUCAAUACUGACCCAAUGCAGAGUCAGAUGGGAUACUUAGAAGUAGUUAUCCCACCGGACUUUGUGGCUGAGGAAACAUCUUCAGAAACUGUUGUGGCAGAGGGUGGUACAGCCCGCAUAGUCUGUCGUGCUCGUGGACAACCAACACCCAGAAUCAUUUGGAGAAGGGAAGAUGGUUUGGAUAUUGUAAUAAGAAGCGCCAACGGCGCCAAGAAAAAAGCGACGAUUCAUGAAGACGAAGUUCUAACUUUCACAAAGAUCUCCCGCUCAGACAUGGGUGCUUAUUUGUGCAUCGCUAGUAACGGCGUACCACCAUCUGUAAGCAAACGGAUAGUUGUCCAAGUGCUUUUUCAUCCUGAAAUUCAAAUACCCAACCAGAUAGUGGGAGCUCCACUAGGCACAGAUGUCACUCUGGAGUGCUACGUUGAAUCCUCCCCAAGAUCAAUCAAUUAUUGGAUAAAAGACACAAACGAGAUGGUAAUAUCAUCGGAGAAGUUUGAAGUUAUGAACACUGUGAUCAGUUCAUUCGAGAGUCGCAUGACACUUACAGUGCGUAAACUAACUGCUGAUGACGUGGGCGUCUAUAGAUGUAUUGCUAAGAAUUCACUUGGAGAAGUCGAUAGCAGUAUAAGACUUUAUGAAAUACCAGGUCGUGUUGUCGAAAGUACCAGUUCAUCCGCAAAGAACGAGGAUUACAAAUACUCUUCACCUAUCGAAGGCCCUGAUAACCAAUUCGGUUCCGCGGAGCGAUCUGAUGAUGAAGACGACAAAGAUAACAUUAACGAAACCCUUAGAUCUCAUCCAGCAAAAAAAUAUCCAUCCAAUAAAGAGAACAGCACAAAUAAUAAAUCCCGUGUUAUAAAUGGAACGGAUAAGACUAGAAAAAAUUUAAGCAAUAACGUUCGCAAAAUAUUUGAUAAUUUAGAAACUGAAGCUAGGGAUGCUGUGGUCAAUAGCUCUUCAUAUUCGAAUUCCCACAUUCAUAUUAUACUAACCAUAUUUUCUGUCAUGAAAUACAUAACAUAUUAG